CCCCACUGCACUGCAGGGCCACUGGGGCCAACGGGCAAGCCAAUUAAAUGGCGAUGCUGGGGGGGGGACUCACACGCACACUCGCGUGCAGAGUUGCUGGAAGAGUAGGGUUGCAGUUAUCUACGCACACACACUAUAUCGGCGACUUUGUCCCUGCCGCACGCGCAGCGCGUUCCUUUGUCGGCGAGUUGAAAGCCCUGAAUAUCCAUUAACCAAAAACGCCCCCCCCUCACCAAAAAGGCGCUCGGCUCUCUCUUGGGUGACAGAGGCUGGGUGCUUGAAGAACACUGAAAGACAUCGCGACCGGCAGCCAAACGUGCACGGACACGACCGGCUUGUUGAGGCGCACCUUGCAGUCGCAACCAUGGCGAACCGAACGGUGCGCGAUGCGCAGCAGAUCCACAGCACCAACCCGCAGUUCCUCGUCGAAAAGGUGAUCCGCGCGCGCAUCUACAGCAACAACUACUGGCGCGAGCAGUGCUUUGCCCUCACCGCAGAGUCCGUAAUCGACAAGGCCCUCGACCUCAAGUACAUUGGCGGCACCUACGGUCCGCAGAUCCCCAGCCCAUUCGUGUGCUUGCUGCUCAAGCUGCUGCAGCUGCAGCCACAGAAGGAAAUCAUUCUAGAGUACCUCACCGCCGAUGAAUUUAAAUACUUACGCGCCCUCGCCGCACUGUACGUCCGUCUGACGUUCCCAUCGAUGGAGGUGUACGAGGUGCUUGAGCCAAUGCUCAACGACUACCGUCGAUUACGAUAUCGAAACCAAGGCGGCUGCUACACUAUCACGCACAUGGACGAGUUCAUCGACGACCUCUUGACGCAGGAGCGCGUUUGCGAGCUCAUCCUGCCGCGCUUGACACGGCGCGACGUGCUCGAAGAGAGUGAGGGCCUCGCACCGCGCAUCUCCAAGCUGGAGGACGCGAUGCUCCUUGCUCCCUCCGCUCUCCGCGCCGGCCGAGCGAACGGCACUACUCUAGGUGGCGACGACGACAAUGACAACGACAAGGGCGAUGGCGAUGGCGAUGAACGCGGCAGCAACAGCGAUGACUCGCUCGUGCACGAACGGCGCGAGCGGCAGAGGCGACUCGAGCGUGCCGCGCAGGUGCGGCAAAAGCGUCGAGCUGAGCAAGAGCGACGCAGCCGCUUCGCGGCCGGCAGUGGUCGCGGUCGCGAUUUCGCGGGUGCGGACGCAGGGCCCGCAUCAGCAGCCACGCCAGGACCAGCGGGCGGCGAUGGCGACAGCGAUGGCGACGGUGAUGAUGAUGAUGCAGGCUUCGCAUCGCAGGAGGGCAGCAGUGAUGAAGCUGGAAGCCACAACCGUGCGCGUUUCGUCAGCCGCAGCCCUUCGCGCAGCGUCAGCCCGGAUCGCGCCGGCUCGAACGCAAUAGGAGGCACAGAUCGCUCGCGCUCAGUAUCUAAGUCGCCACACAGGCCCAGCAUAUCCUCGUCAGAUGGGUACAGGUCACGCUCGGCAUCACGGUCGCCUGAUAGAUAGGCGCGAGAGCGUGCGGAUGUGUUCCGUACGCUCUCCUAAUCCUUCGUCGGGCAUGCAAACGCCUUCUGCCGCAUCCGCAGCAGUAACAUCCUACAGGGGAACAUGUCCCUCUGCGACUUUCUCUUACAUCGCAUUGUCAUGUCAUCAUUGCUAUUCGUUGCUAUGACGCGCAGAGGCGAGGGAGGAAGCUGCCUGCAUCAUUCCAGCGAUGCCGCCCCGGCGAGCGCAGUAUUGUACUGCACUGCCGAAUUCCCGUCGCCAUAGCAGCGCUGCCCACAUGAAAGAGUGCGUCUAGAGGGACUCCAUCUGCAGGACGACCUCGUCGAGCUCGCGUUUGGAGCUGAUGUACUUUUCCUGCGCUUCCUCGUACUUCUUUUCCCACGCG